UGCGUUCGGUCGCUAUAGCCAAAAGUUAAAUUCCUGCAGUAAGCGAGUGUUUACAAAUUCGUGCUAAUUCGAGGUAAAUACAGUGUUAGCCGCUCGAGAAAUAUAACCUCGAACACUUUUCUCAGUGAAAAAAUGCAUAGUGAAUUAUACGUUUGAUAAUUGAGCGAGCGAUGGAGAGCCAAGAGGACGAAGUUGGAGUGAAGGAAGAGUUGACUGAUACGUGGCCGGAUCCAGGUGACGAUUAUAUUUUAUAUUCGAUGGACACUUGCGAGGCUGAAAACCAUGAAACAUUCCCGCUUUAUGAACCAUCGAAUAUAGGGGAGGUUCAAGAAAGGUUAGACGAUAUAAUAUUCAUUGAUUGCGGUGGCGAAGAUGUCAAAUCCGAACCACCGUCUUCGUCGACCACCGUCCACGAAAUCGAUUAUGAGAAUUAUCCACCUAUCGAGGAAGUAGACGACCAAAUUCAGACAAAUUACUGGAAUCGAAAAGAGCUGAUAGUUUUGAUAAAGAAAAAUUUCGACUAUCACAAUAACUGUUAUUUUCAAGUAAUACCCCGAUACGAAUACGACGAAUACGAGGACGUAAGAAAAUUUAGAAAGAAAUCUCGUACCAAGUCGUCUUAUGAGGGUAAAAGGCGUCGAAAAGCUAUUAAAAAAGAAGAAGAGCCAUACUAUGCACAUAUCGAUAGGAAACACGAGAUCAUUAGAUCGUACGAGAGCAUUCGAUUGUACAAAUCAUUUGGACGGAAAAAAAAGAUCAGAUGUCGUCCGAGUGCAGCGUAUGAUCGAAGGAAACCCUUAAAGUGUCAAAUUUGUCAGAAAUCGUUCGCAUAUCAGGAUAAACUCAAACGACAUAUAUACAAGGUACACAAUCCGAGCAACAUAGUCGAAUGUGAGAUUUGUCCAAGUUCGUUCAGCUGCAAAGAUUACCUCAACGAACACAUCAACGCCGUGCACGACAGUGAUAACUUUUACAAAUGCGAGAUUUGUUACCAAUCGUUUGAAUAUCAGUUUUUACUCGAUUUACAUGUCGAUGCUGUGCAUAAUGGUAACAAAUUCAAGACUCAUCUCGACCAAGGCACGAGCUCGGUUUAUUAUGAAAAGCAAUCGAUUGAAGAUAAUAUUGAUCAAAAAGCAUACGUUGAUGAUUACAUCGAAGCUCACGAAAAUUCAGUUCGCGAUCACGAGAAACCCUUCCAAUGUGGCACUUGUCACAAAUCAUUUGGACGAAGAGACAAACUCAAUCAGCACAUCGAUUCCGUACAUAAUCCAGUCAAACCCUUCGAGUGUCAGAUUUGCCAGAAAUCGUUCAAAUACAAGCAAUCCUUGGAAAAUCACGUGAACUCGGUGCACGAUCCUAGAAAACCCUUCGAGUGCGAGGUUUGUCGCAAGACGUUCGAAACCCAGAAUAAGCUCAAAAUUCACACGAGUCAAGUACACAACCGGAACAAAAUCUUCGAAUGCGACGUAUGCCACAAAACGUACGCACAAAGAUGUCACCUCGAGAUUCACGUGAAUGCGGUACACGAUCGGAGCAUCGUCUACGACUGCCAGUAUUGUUACAAAUCAUUCGGAUACCAGCAAACCUUGAAAAAUCACGUAAUGACGAUACACAAGGGUAUAAAACCUUUCGAGUGCGACGUUUGUCACAAAUCGUUCGGAUACCAGCAGACCUUGAAAAAUCACACGAGAGCGGUACACGAUCGCGUGAAAACCUUCGAAUGUGGUAUUUGUCGCGCGUCGUUUGGAUACGAGAGGGAACUCAAAAAACACAUGACGACAGUACAUGAUCGUAGUAACCCGUACGAAUGCGAGAUUAGUUUCGAGACAUUUUGAUGUAAUUAAGAUUUCUGCUCUCGCUUAAGAAUGUUUUGUAUUACAUGAAACUUUCGAAUAUCUUUGAAUUUUGUUAAGAACAAUAAAGUAUUUAAAAUUGUUA